AUGCGUGGCUCCCAGUUCAGGGCACAGACGCAGGAACUGGCCUGGGGCUCAGGCUCCUCCCAGGGUGGAAACGCAAAAGGUGGGACCGGCGCCAGAUCCCUUGGCAGGCACCUAAAGGCCCCCUCAAGUGGCGACAGGCCUCCUCAAACGGACGUCCUCGACAAGGCCGCGCCCGGCGACCGGCCCACCGGAGCUAGGCCCCGAGGAGCUCCGCCCCUAGAUCGGCCCCACCGGAGCUGGGCCUCGAGGAGCUCCGCCCCCUACAUAGGCUCCGCCCACACGUCGGUCCCACCGAAGCUAGACCCCCGAGGAAGCUCCGCCCCCACGAGGCUCCGCCCAGCAGCCCGGCCCCGCCCACGCAUCGGCCCCGCCGACGUUAGGCCCGAGGCAGCUCCGCUCCCCAAGUGGGCUCCGCCCGGAGUCUCGGCCCCGCCGCCGCGAGGCCCGGAGGAAGCUCCGCCCCCAGCGGCUCCUCACUCGCCCGUGGAUUGCCCCCGCGCGGCCGCGGCCCUCCCGCCCGGCUCCCGCGUCCCGGGCCGCCGAGAGGAGCGCAUGGCCCGUCCGCGCCGGCCGCCGCUCGGCCUCCUGCGCGCCCUGCUGCCGCCGCUGCUGCUGCUGCUGCUGCUCCUGCCGCCGCCCGCCGCGCGGGCCCAGGAGGAGGCGCCGAGCCCCGACUGGAGGGCCACGCUGCGCACCAUCCGCAACGGCGUGCACAAGAUCGACGCCUACCUCAACGCCGCGCUCGACCUGCUGGGCGGCGACGACGGCCUCUGCCGCUUCCAGUGCGCCGACGGCUCUAAGCCCGUACCCCGUUAUGGCUAUAAGCCAUCCCCACCCAAUGGCUGUGGCUCUCCGCUGUUCGGCGUCCAUCUCAACAUUGGGAUCCCGUCACUGACCAAGUGCUGCAACCAGCAUGACAGGUGCUACGAGACCUGCGGCCAGGCCAAGAGCGACUGUGACGAGGAGCUGCAGGACUGCCUGGCCAGGAUCUGCCGCGGCGUGCAGAAAACCCUUGGCCUGGCCCAGCAUGUGCAGGCCUGCGAGAGCACCGUGGAACUGCUAUUUGCCAGUGUCCUGCAGCUGGGCUGUAAGCCCUAUCUGGACAGCCAGCGCGCUGCCUGCUGGUGCCGCCAUGAACAGAGGACCGACCUCUGAGGUAGCCCGAGGUGCUCACUACCGCCCUGAGCACUGUGUUGGGCCAUGUCGGGGCCCCUGAAAUUGGCAUCUCCUGGCCCCCGACCACUGCUUGUGUGGAAGGAUUAGUGACUUUAGAAACUUGGCAUCCAUGGGGCCCAAGCGAUAGCACAGCAGGUAGGGCGUUUGCUAUGCACUUGGCUGACCCAAGUUUAAUCCCUGAUAUCCCAUAUGGUCCCCUGAGCACCGCCAGGAAUGAUUAUUCU